AUGGAAAACGAUGGUAUUGUACUCAGAGGAUCUUCGUCGACUCCUCUCCUCAAGGGAUCUCCGCCGUCCAAUUGCCUCACCACCACCACCUCGUCAAGGACCGCCACUCUCGGAGCUUCUUUCUUCUGUCAUCUUCGUAAGAAGGACCACCAUUCUCUGAUGCCCGCUUGCGCCGACGAGCGGCUCCGUGAAGGACAGGGGCUCGAUUUUGCCCAGAUAUGGAAAUCGCAACUGGAGAUCGAUUUUGGCGGUGGUGGAGUCUGGGUUUCUGAUUUGCGACAAGCUCGAUUUGACUGUUUCUGUGUGGUUGGUGUUGACGUCGGAGCGAAUUGCAGAAGCGAAGGACGGUGGAUGGUGGGUUUUCAACCUCUUCUAAAAACUGGGCUUGCGAAUUGGAGGCGGGGCCGUUUGUUUCUGGGUUUCAAAAGGAAUAAGGGAAUCGCGUCGGAGUUCAGGUAG